AUGGCGAACGAGCUUAAAAGCGCCCCACCCUUCCGGGCCGAGCAGAUGGGCUCACUCCUGCGCCCAGCUAACCUACUUGAGGCGCGCGAGAAGAUCGCCAACACCGGAGUCUCCGCCGAAGCCGCCGGACUCCCCGCCAUCGAGCAAGAAGCCGUCCGCGAUGUCGUCAAGAUGCAGCAAGAGCUCGGGUUCAAGGCCGUGACGUCUGGCGAGUACAACCGCACCCGAUUCUGGGGGUUGAUGUGGGAUGAGUUCGAGGGAACAAUCCGACUCCAAGACGCCGAAUCCUCAAUGUUCAGACUCUACCACCCAGACGUGGUCAGCCUGAUCGAAAAAGACCGCAAAGUAAUGCCGGGCGACUCCGUAAUCGCCGGCAGCAAGCUCUCACACAGCGUCUCGGCCUCGCAGUCCAACCUCCACGAGCUGCGUCUCGUGCAGGCGUCGCUCCCGCAGAGCGAAUGGCCCAACAUCAAGCUGACGAUGAUCACGCCGGCGUGGUUCCACAUGCGGUACAAGCAAGGGCGCGCGUACGCGGCCGACGCCUACGCCAACGACGCCGAGUACUUCGCCGACGUCGCGAAGGUGUAUCGCGCCGAGCUGGCGUCGCUGUACGCGGCCGGCUUGCGGAACGUGCAGUUCGACGAUCCUGGGAUGGCGUAUUUCUGCUCUACUGCGUUCCGGGAGGGGUGGGCGGCGGAUGCAGAUAAUGAGGGGUCGGUGGAGGAUCUGUUGGAUGCUUAUAUUAAGCUGUACAAUGAUUCGCUUGCUGGGCUGCCGGCUGAUAUGCAUACGGGGAUUCAUCUGUGUCGCGGCAAUUUUAUUGGUGGACGGCACUUCUCCGAGGGGUCGUAUGACAUCAUUGCGAAGAAGUUGUUUGAGGACUUGGAUGUUGAUACUUUCUACUUGGAGUAUGAUACGGAGCGGGCUGGUGGCUUUGAGCCGUUAAAGUUCUUGCCGAAGAACAAGAAUGUUGUCGUCGGAAUUAUCAGUACCAAGUUGCGCGAUUUGGAGGACAAGGAGGCUAUGAAGGAGCGGGUUUACUCCGCUGCUGAUUUUGUUGCGGAAGGGUCUGGGGAGACUAGGGAGGAGGCGCUCAAGCGGGUUUGCAUCAGUCCUCAGUGUGGGUUCAGCACCCAUGAGAGUGGGUAUCCUCUUCUUCUCGAGGAUCAGAAGAAGAAGUUGAGUCUGGUGAGGGAGAUUGCGGAUGAGGUUUGGGGAGAGGCUUGA